UAGAUUUCAGACCUUAAAUGAAUCUGCAGAACACACGUAACCUUUACUUUGAAGGAUUGUGGUGGAUAUUGAAUUGUUUAACUGUGAAUUCAGAGGUGGCACGAAUAGCGAGCUUCAGUUGCUGAACUUCACAAUAACCUGACUGGCUGGUCCGUAUCUUCACUUGUCCUACCCUAUCUUUGGGAGCCUGUGGAUUUGAGUGGGUGUGUCGAUGAAGCCCAGUGGAAGGAGAAGGUGGUGUUUUGUAAGCACAAGGAAAAUAGCAACUUUAUGACGAGCUGAAUGUGAAAGUGGUCACAUCGGUGCUGGCAUGGCGGUGUGGACCAGAGCUGAUAAAAACGGUCAACUGGACCUACUUCUCCGCGAGCGCUGGAUCCGUGUGUCCGCCGAACUCACCAUAGAAACGCUGACUUUAACGGCCGAGACGGAGGUAAGCGGACAGGGGACCAACCACUGGGAUCACAACGGUCCUCCGGAUGACAUGGGAAAUGGCAUAUCGAAUGGAAACGAACCGGGAACCAGGUCAGGGCACCUUGAUCCGAGUCCGUCUUCGGGCCACAAACAAUUUCGGAAAGGUUACAGCAGCAGCCCUGGUCGCGUGGAUGUUAUUCGGGGUCCAUGUGACGGCACAUACGGAUUAAGCAGCCCUGGGAAGUACUCGAAUAACGGCACAGACUCCGACUUUGGAAGUCCCGAUUCUAGCUAUGGGAGUCCCGGGUCAAGUUCCGGCUCGAAGCAAGGCGAAGUUCCAGUUUGUAGGGACGUAUGCACGGAGGCUGUGCGAAAAGUCCGAGUCGUGAAACAGGAGUCUGGCGGGCUGGGGAUCAGUAUCAAAGGAGGGCGCGAGAAUCGGAUGCCGAUCCUUAUCUCUAAGAUUUUCCCGGGGCUCGCUGCAGACCAAAGUCGCGCGCUUCGGGUGGGCGACGCUAUCCUGUCCGUGAACGGCAACGACCUCCGGGAGGCAACGCAUGAUCUGGCGGUGCAGGUCCUGAAGAAGGCAGGAAAACAAGUGACGCUGGAGGUAAAGUACAUUCGUGAGGUUUCACCACUAUUCAAGAAGCUUUCCUUGGUGGCUGACUUGACAUGGAAUGAGCUUUGGCCGCAGUCUCAGAGCUACAAUGGCAGUGAGGAAGCUGGAUCUCCUGAACACAGCUCCUCCAAAGACAGGAAGGUCAUGAGUUUGAAGAUGUGCUUCAUCAGUCGGAACCUAACCAUGCCAGACUUGGAGAACAGACUGUUGGAGCUCCAUUCCCCAGAUGGACUGCACACAGUGGUACUUCGUUGUAAAGAUGCCCCCACUGCCAACUCCUGGUUCACUGCCAUCCACACCAACAUUGCUGCCCUGCUCCCACAGACGCUGGCUCACAUAAAUGCUUACUUGGGAGCCUCUACCAUCGCCACACAGCCUCACCUGAGACACAUAGGGUGGUUGGCUGAACAGGUUCAGCUUGAAGGUGGACGACAGCAGUAUAGACCGGUCGUCAUGGCACUUACAGAAAAGGACAUUCUGCUUUUUGAGUCUGUACCAUGGGGUAGAGAAUCCUGGGCAAUGCCUCUGCUCACACACCCACUGCUGGCAACAAGACUGGUGCAUUCUGGGAGUGUCCGUGGCUCUCCUGCACAGAGUUCUGACCUGGUGUUUGCUACUCGGACCGGCACAGGACAAGGAAUCGAAUCACACAGUUUUCGUGUGGAGACCCAUUGGGAUCUGUCUUCAUGGACAAGAGCCCUAGUACAAGGUGCACAUUCCGCUGCAGAACUCAUCAAAGAAGUCUCUAUUGGCUGCACAUUCAACAGACAAGAUGUCCGGCUGACACUGCACUAUGAAAAAGGCUUCACUGUUAUGAGCGAGCCAGCCGAACCAGCCAGUGGUGCUUUGUUGUUCAGAUACCCUUAUGAAAAACUCAAAAUGUCUGGUGACGAUGGAAUACACAAUCUUUAUCUUGAUUUUGGGGGUCCUGAGGGAGAAAUGGUAUUUGACCUCCACUCGGGUCCAAAGCCAGUUGUGUUUGUCCUCCAUGCUUUCCUUUCAGCCAAACUCACUCGUAUGGGCUUGCUCACAUGAAGCAAAUCACAUCAACCUGAGUUACCUAUUCACCAAUGAGCCCAGGCACACCUUGAGCAAAAGAUGAUGAUACCCUUGCAAAUCUUCACAGCUUUAUAGUUCCAUUGGACCUGACAUCACAGGCAUACAUCUCACUACCACUCACUCUACCCGCUCAUAAAAAUGUGCCUUCAUUUCCACUUUCUAUCCCACAGCAGCUUUGUCAAGUCUUAAAGUAGCACUUUACUUAAAACUCUCAGAAUUUUAUCAAUUAAAAAAGCUUUUAUCAUUCCAGUGAUCAUAUAGUGAUCAAUUUAGAUGAUAUGGGCCAUAUUAUCCCGUGUCCAUAGGAGCGAAAAGUCACACACUUCUGACUGCGCAGAUUCUCGCAUCGGUGAAUGACUUUCACGCACCUUCUAGCCAAGGCAAGGCAAGGCAAGUUUAUUUGUAUAGCACUUUUCAGCAAUCAGGCAAUCCAAAGUGCUUCACACAAGACAUGAAGGCAUCAAAGAAAAAGAAAACAUUAAAAGCAUCAAGGUACAGUUAAAAACAUUAAAAAAAAACAUUGAAAACAGUUGAUUAAAAUUAAAAUCAGUAAAAAUCUAAUAAAACAGGAACGGAGUUACAGUGCAGUAUAUGUUAAAGUAAAAUCCGCAAUAGGCCACCAAAGCAUAAUCAUAAGCACAGUCUUGAUUUAAUUCAUCCAUUCAUUAUCUUAACUGCUUAUUGUCACGUGGGUCGCAGGCUUGCUGUCUGGGGGCGGUAGGUGGGGUACACCCUGAACUGGUUGCCAGGCAAUUGCAGGGCACACACAGACAACCAUACAAACACACGCACGGACGCAAGCACACACAACACACACACAAACAAAAACAAACACGCACACGCAGAAUCAGACCUUGGGAUGAUUCAAGUGUACAAUUAACCUACCAUUCAUAUUUUUGGGAUGUGGGAGGAAACUAGAAUACCCAGAGAAAACCCACGCAGGCACAUAGAAAACUUCAAACAGGGAGUAGAACCCAGAUUUGAACCCACGACCUCUGCAGUUGUCCACCGUGCCGCCAUUCAUUAAAUAACUUGAGUAGAUAUGUUUAUUAGAUUUACCACAUAUAAACAAUAUGUAAAACAUCUUCUCCUUCAAAUUUUUGCAAAACUGACUUAUCCACAAAAUAAAUUAUUUUCACAUUUAAAAAGUUGUUCAUAUUCACAGAUUUAGAUGACAUUCUCAGUUUUGAGGAAACGUACAAGGGCCAAGUCUGGACAGGAGAAUCUGCGUAGACAAAAAGUGUGUGAUUCUAGUCACGUUUAUGUAUAAAUGACUUGCAUGCAAACGGCAAGGUGAAUGCUUAUAUGACCUCAAGUAAGUCAUUUUUUACUCAAUAAAUGUUAGGAUGAAGAAUUUUAGACAAUCAACAAAUGGUGGCCUAAUGAGUGACUCAAUAACAUAGUUGUAUUUGCCUAGCAUUCCAGAGCAGCCUUCCAGUGUACUUUUAACUUGUUUAAUCAGAUUUUUGGUUAGUUUGUUUUUAUCAGUAAGUGACACGACAAGACUUUUAGAGUCAGUAUGCAAUAAAACAUGCAGAAACUAUGCAAACAAAGCAGA